CCAAUCGAAUAAUCAAAUCAAAACUCAUUACAAUAAAAGCGAAAAGGCGGGUGCGAGAAAGAAAAAUUAGUGCAAUUCAAUUAAGGCAAUAAGGCCAAUUAAGUUAUUAACGCGAUUUAACGAAAUACACGACAAACCAAAGCAGAAAAAAAGUGCAAAAAUGUUUGGCUGCAUCUAUCAGCUUUGGGACUGGUUGGAGGCGCCGCCGCUCUUCACCGCCGGCACCAUGGACGCCAAGAAGCUGCAGCAGCUGCAGGAGGCAGCGAUCCUGGCGCAGCAGCAGAAGAAGCUGCCGCUGGCCUACCAGACGAAUCUCGUGGACUACCGAACGGCGGCCUACAGUCAGGCGUUGUACCAGCAAUCGCCCACGGCCACCAGUUCCAGCGGAGGAGGACCAUUGUCCCCGAUUGAGAUGCAGCCGCAGUCCAAGCAGCACCUCAACCUGAUGAAACACGGAGGAGGAGGCACCUCGAGCAGCUCACACUCAUCGCCCUACCAUCAGUCCUACUCGAGCAGCGGGGGAACGGCGGCCGGUGAGCAGCUUUAUCAAUCGCCCACGGAGCGAACCUAUCUGGCUGCCGCCGGAAGAUUGCAGGCCAGCAAUGCCAUGGCCGGACAUCAUCCCAUCUCGGCCCUGCAAUCGCAGUACCAGCAGCUGCAGGCGGCCAAGAUGCAGGCCCAAAUGGCCACCCAAAGCGAGGCCGCUCAGCAGCAGCAGCGGACCUUUGCCCUGCGACAGGCCAUGAACCCGCCCACGAAUCACUACCACAUGAGUCAGUCGCCCAGCAUGGUCUCCAAUAUGACCACUCUCACCCAGCAGCAGCAACAACAGCAGCAGCAGCAGCAGCAGAGGGCUCCUCCCUCUUCGCUUAACUUGCAAAACCAAUAUCAACCUGCUCAGGGUCCUCUAAAGUUGCAACAACAACAGCAGCAGCAACAGCAACAGCAGCAGCAACCUGCAAUGCCCAAACACUACCAGGAGCAAUUGUACGCCCAGCAGCAACAGUUGCAGCAGCAAUUGCAGCAGCAACAGUUGCAACAACAGCAGCAGCAACAUCGUCACAAGAGCGACCUGCAAACCCCGGGCAGUGAGCAUGGCACCGUGUACAUUCAGCAGAAUCACCCUGGUCAUGUGGUCAAUCAGGCCUGCCAGACCCAAAUAUCGGCGGUCAAGCCCAAGGCCACGCCCAGUUCGGAGGAGUCCUCCUCCAAUUCGGCCAAGAGUCCCACUCAUGCACCAUUGGAUAGAAAAAAGAGUGCCGGUUCCAUUCAGGCCCUGAAGUCACCCAUUACCAAGAGGCCACCAUCCACACCGGUUACCUUAUCCGGUUGGCUGCACAAACAGGGCUCCGAUGGUCUGAAGGUGUGGCGCAAACGUUGGUUCGUCCUGGCCGAGUACUGCCUGUACUACUACAAGGGACCGGAGGAGGAGAAGCUGCUGGGUUCAGUGCUGCUGCCCUCAUAUCGCGUAUCCGCCUGUUUGCCCGAGGACAAGAUCUAUCGCAAGUUUGCCUUCAAGUGUGAGCAUCAGAAUAUGCGAACCUAUUGGCUGGCAGCCGAUAACUCGGAUUCAAUGAUGCAGUGGGUGAGGGCCUUGGCGGCCGCGAGUUUGAUGCAGGCACCCAGCAGCGGGGAAUCGGAGCCAAGUGUGAACUCCUCGCUGAAUCACAGUGGCGAGAAUUCCGAUUCGGGCAUACACACAUUGCAGUCGGGAAAUCUGGGAAAGGGUGGCCAACAGCCCACGCCCUCGUCGGAAAAUACGGGCAGCAGUGGCGGAGGCAGCGGCAGUGGACAGCCCCUGUAUGCCAAUGCCCCACCGAAACCGAGGCGCAUCAACGAUGGUGGCUACUCCUCGCCAUCGCCCGAGCACAACGAACAGCAGCAGCAACAUCCUAGUCGCCGCCUCAUGUCGCCCACGCAGCAAAUCUACCAGCAGCAGCAGCAACACCAACGAUCUCAGCAGCAGCAACAGCAACAGCAGCAGCAGCAACCGCAGCAACACCAUGCCAUCUACGACACGCGAACGGGCCAUGUGUCCACCGCCCUGCAGUUGCAGCAGGCGCAGCAGCAGUACUCGCUGGAUCACCUGGAGGCGCAGUUCCAGCAGCAGCAGCUGGACAUGGAGGAGCAGAUCGCCAGGUUGCAGCAACAGCGGGCCGCCGAGGAGAUCUACGGCGAGCGGGAGAUGUACAUGGCCAAGUUGAUGCAACAGCGGCAGGGUCCCAAUGGAUCGUAUCCCACGCAGCAGCAGUUGUUGCAAGCGGAGCGGAGGACUCCCGAUGCCUAUGGGCGAUCGAAGCAGCAGCGACUCUUUGCCGCCGCCGCAGCUGCCGCGGAUUACGAGGACAUCUACAACAUGUCGCAGCUGGCGGUUGGUGGUGGAGGAGGGGCCAUGUCCGCCCAGGAGGCACUUCUCCAGGAGGCAGCCAGCUACCGGCGACCCCUCAGCCCGCCCAGCUAUGAUGGCAGCAAGCACGUGCCAGCGAUGCCGCAGCGGUACACACCCAAUCAUAUGGAGGCCAGUGCCGCUGAUCAACUAAUCAAUACAAUGGACUUGCGUGCCCGCUCAGCGGCGGCCAUAGUGCGUCCCCAUUCGGCGGACUUCCUGGAGUACGAGGCGCGUGCCGAAGCCGCCGCAGCCGCUGCCGCCGCGGCGGUGGCCCAGAGUCAGCUGGAGAGCGGACGGGCGCCGAGGCCCAAGUCCAGUUUGGACAUCAAUCGCACGCCCGAUAGCUUCUACUACUCGGAGGCCAGCUAUGCCGAGAAGAUGCGGAAGAGUGCCCUGUAUCUGCAGAGUGGCGGAGCUGGAGCGGCUCAGCCCCAGCAGGCGGGCAGUUAUCGCACAGCAGCGGGGGAUUUCAACUCCGGGGUGAACACGAUUGGAUAUGAGAAUCCCUAUGAGAGGGCCUACAAGCGGCAGGAGAUGCUGGCCGAGGCUCAGGCUCAGCGUGGAGUUUCCAGCAGCAGCAUGCCGCGCAUGAGUAGAUCCGCCAGUCAGGGACGCUCGGUGGCCUCCCAGUUGCAGUCGCCGCCUUCGCAGCAGCAGGAGGAGAAUCUACCGCCCCUAAACGUACAUCCGGGUUCCAUUUUCCCGCCCUCGAUGUCCACGCAGGAGAUCAUCAGCAAGAACGAGCAGUUCCUGCGCUCCGCCAGCGCUCGGCUGCCCAAGAGAUCGGGCGGCAUGGAUGAUGACUAUUCGGCUGGCAAUUCGACGACCACCUCGCCCACCAGCGGAACAGGUGGUGCCUCCAAUUCGCCGCAGCAUCACCAGGAUGGCGAGCGGAAGCGGGAGGAGUCCAUGAAGCGACUGCUCGAGUGGAAGCAGCGCAUGCUGCAGUCACCGUUGACCCGCAAGGGCAUCCAGCAGGGCGGCAGCAACAUGUCCGCCAUGUCCAAGCUGGGCAGCAAUCCGAACAUCCUGCUGGCCUCCACGGCGGUGGCCAGUGGAGCACGCUAUGGCCCCCAGGCGGGCAAAACGGGACUGGUGGUGGGCAACGGGAGUGGCAGUGGCAGUGCCGGGAAUCAGCAGGCAGCUUCAGCCUCUGGGAUUCAGCGAUCGCGUUCCGAGAGCCAAGCCAACAUCGGACCCGGCGGAGUGGUGUACAACAACUACUCCUCGGAUGAUGAGGCUGUAACUGUGGAUGAUAACAUGUACAAAAGUGCGACGGCAGGAAGGUCAGCGAUAAAAGCAGAAACAAAGGCAAAAACAAUAGUGGCAACAACAACAACGGCGUUAGCAACAACAAAUCUUAGCAAUAUCCAAAGUCUAGAGAGUCUGAGUCCGAGUCCCAAACCAAGCGAAACACCAUCAACACCCAAAACACCUGGCAAUGCAAAAUUCCAACUAAAGCCCAUUUUGAAAGUGCAUGAGGCGAGUAAAACGCGCAUUAUUCAGGUGCAACCCAAAAAACUGGAAGAGCGUCCCAAGCUCAGAUUGCAAUUGCCCAAGGAGGAGGAGGAGAAGGAGCAGGAGCAUGAGGAGCAGGAGGACCCUGUUCCCAUUCUGCCAAAGAAAACGGCCCCCAAGUCGCCGCAGAAUGCCAAUUAUGUGCCUGUGUACAACAAUAAGCUGGUCAGCAACUACGAGAACAUGGAAUUUGGCAAGCCACCAAUUCCCAUGCCAGAAAGCAAAGCCCUUGACAGCAGGGCAACGAUUACCGAUCCCGAGGAGACGCCCAUGCUGAUGCAGCUCAAGUUGUUCAAGGAGCAGCAGGAGCAGCAGCAGCAGGAGCAGCAGCAGCAGGAAAAGGAGGAGGAGGACCUGACACCCACAGCGGAAAGUAAAUCCAUGCCAGGAGAGGAGGAGGUUUCAUUUGAGGAAAGCAAAGUUGAAAAGGAGGAAUCAGAGGAGCCAGACGAUGAGGAAGAUGAGAGCACGGCCUGCGAGGAGUACACAGAUGAUGAUAUAGACGAGGCCCUGGCUCAAGAUGAGGAUGAGUCCCAGGAUCCCACAGAGGAAAAGGAACUGCAGCAGAUAUAUAUGAACGAGCCCAUCACACCCACCGACCAGCAGUUCGACGAGAGUCACUAUCUGCCCAUGACGCCCAAGAAAGUGGAACUGGGUCAGCCAGGUGUCCUCACACUCGUCUGCAGCCAUGAAUCCUAUGCAGGUGGAAUGGUGGAGGCGGAGGAGGAGGAGAAUCACUAUGUGGAGAUGACCAAGGGCAUUCAGGACGAGGACAGCCGGAGCAACUAUGAGAUCAUGUGCCUGGCCAGCAGCAGUUCGAGUGCCUUCAAGGAGCCAGUUUACAUGGAACUGGCGGGAGUUAAGCCCACGCCACCGGCCACCAAUGAGGAGGCCCACUGCUCCUCGGGUCGCUCCACCCUGAAGAAGGGCAAGAAGUCGGGCAGCGAAACCCUGAAGAAGAAGACCAAGAAGCGGCAGGGCAAGGACAUGCCGGAUAUCCUGAAGCCGGCCAAAAGUGCGUUGGCUUUGGCCAGCGAUAGUUCGGAUGCGGAUGACGAGAGCAGCCGGCAGCAGCUGGAGGCCAAGAAGCUGCGCUCCAGAUCUCGUUUCAGUCUGUCGGAUACUUUCCGACCAGCUUCUUAUUACCUGGGAGCCUCCACGCCAAUGAAUAACUAUGCAGAGAGUUCAGAUAGUGAGAUAUUGCCACCACCACCCAUUCCGGAUUCACCACCGCCCAUGGAGGAGCUAAAAACGGAGGAGAUCUUCUCCUCGGAGCACUACGAUACGGUGAAGCGAAAGGUGAAUCUCUCCUUCGAGCAGCUGCCCAAGAUGCAUGCCAGCAAUACGUCCCUGAAUUUACCCAAGGCGGUUCCGAGUCCCACCCUAAAGAGCAGUCGUCUCUCGCUGCCCGAUCACUUUGCCAAGAUGCGGAUGACCCCGCAGCGAUUGCUGGUGGCCCAGGAGCAGCACCAUGCCAGGACCCUCUCCGAUUCCAACUACAGUUGCCAGCUGACGGAUAAUAGUGGUUCGCGUACCUCCUCGGAUCUCGAUUUAUAUCGCAGGAGGGUCACCAGCAAUAAUAGCCUGCCCCUGAGCAGUGAAAAUGAGUCUGUGGAAUUCCGACAGAGAUCGGACUCGGAAUUGGAUCGCCAGCGAUCGAGGAGACCUCUGUCCCAGGAGUCCAUCAGUGAGAUUGAGUCGCUUAGUGAGCAGUUUGAGGAAACACUGAGUAGUCACGAGCUGGACACCUACCUGAGUCACCUGCACUUGUCGACCGGUCAGGUUACUCCAACAAGUCACCUUCUGAACGAUGCCAAUGCGGCGGCAGGAGCUGACAUCCUCACCAAUCUCAUCAAGCCACCGAAAACAUUCCGGAAUACGGAGGACGAGGAGCAACAUUUCUACGGCAACAUACACUUUCUCUCCUCCACCGACUCCAUUCAGCAGUUGGGCGGCGAGGCAGCUGCCCUAAGGAUAAUCCACAGUCGCAAUAACAGCAAUAUAUCCACCCAAUCGGCUCCUUACUACUACUCGGAGUUGCCGGCUCCACCGCCGCUGAACAAUCAGCGGGAUAUCCAUGCCCAUGGUCUCAAUAUAGCCCACAUUCACAACCCCAUCGAUCGGUUCAAUGUGGACGCACUGGUGGACAAGGAUCAGGCCAUCGACAGCAAGAACAUCUACAGCGGGCAGAAGGACAACAACGAGAAGCUGAGCAACAAGAAUCUCAAGCUGGUGGAGAUGGAGAGCAGCAGCAGUGGAGGAGGAGGAGGAGAAGGUAGUGGUGCACUGGUCCAUUCAUAUCAUAUCACAACAACUACUAAAAACACAAAUCUCGCUCGAAAGGCGAUUGGUGGUAGCCGUAACCCGUCGGAUGAAGGCAACCCUAACCGAGAUGUUGGUGCUGGUGAAGAUUCGGAGGAGGAGAAGGAGGAGGAGGAGGAGAAGAUGGAUGAGCAGGAGGAUCCGCCAUCGAAUAAUGUCCCAACCAACCUCUCAGUUCUAGGUGGCGAGCUGCUCUGGGAGGAGGAUGCCCUGUGGCGCGAGAGUUUGCGUCGCGUUUCCCAGCGGCAUGCGAGAUCCCUGGACGAUCUGGACAGGAUUACGGCGACAACGGCAGCUCCUCCUCUUAUUUCGAGUACGCCCAAGGCGAAGCUAAGUCGCGAGGUGACCUAUGUGAAUGACAGCCAGAAGCCGCGACAAUCGCAUCCACAUCCCAUCUCCAAUGAGCAUGAUGUGUAUGUCCAGCUUUUGGACAACUCCAUGGCAGCCUCCUCCUCGCUUUUGGGCCAGGACCAAACGGAUUCCGAUGUCUACGAGGUGCUGCGCGAGGAGACGGCCUCGAACUUGUCCCACAAAUCCAACGAGCUGGAUCGCGAGACCAUUCGCCAGUGGGAUGCCAUGUCCAGUGGGCUAAUGAAGACCACAGGAGGAGGCGGAGGAGCUGCAUCUCCUGCCCACAUGCCCCUCACCAGCAGUGUGCGCUCCAUUGUCCAGCAGCUGAACACCAGUUCCAUGGACGAUGCCAAUGGAAAUCCCAUGGCUGUAGCCUCCAUAUCCGUGCGCAAUGUGAACAAUCUGCCCGUCGGAAAUCUGACGGUGAAGCCGGAUCCCUCGGACAUCCAGCAGGAGUCCGCCUUUGCUCCCUACUACGGCGGAGCGGCAGAGACCAAGUACGCCAAGAAUACGGUGCUCACGGAUCGCGGACUCUAUGCCGGAAACGGAUCCGGUGGCCUGGCCACGUCCACGCCCCAAAAUCACCCACAGUUCCGGAUGCGGCGCACCGGAAGUAGGGCGGAAAUCGAUAUGCUCGAACGCGAGACAAGCAGCCAGAUCAGGAAUCGCCUGCGCAGUGCCGAGGGUUUGACCAGAGCCGAGAGCAUCCAGCGAUUGGACUACUUGAAGCAGCACCUCUUGGACCUGGAGCGGCACUAUGAGAAGAGCAAGCCGCUGGUCAAUCUGGUGGACAACAUGGUCAAGCUGGGAUCGCUGUAUCGCAACGAUGCAAAUGGCAGGGUUCAGCCGGCCACUCUGGACCGCCUGGAGUUCAACCAGCGGAUGCAGGAGCGUCAAAUGCUGCAGGAGGAGCAGCAGCAGUGGGAGCAGCAGCAGUGGGAGCGACUCAGUCCCAAUCAGGCGGAGUUGCAGGCCAAGGUGCGUGAGCUCUACCAACUCGAUCAGCUGUUGCAGGAGGAGUCCGGCACGCUGCAGAGUCUGCAGCGCGACAAGGAGGACCUCGAGCGAGCCUUGGGAGGAUUGAGGGCCCGCAUUCACGACAACAAUGCCACGCCCAUGGCCAUGGAGGCGGCCAAGAAGCAGCAGCACAUCCUGGAGCGCGAGUUGUCGCGGGUCCAUCAGCUGCUGGCCGAGAACUCAAAGAAACUCGAGCAGACAGUGGCGGGCAAUGCUCGGCUGGAGCAGGAGCUCCUGCUCCUCCGCCAAAAGGUGCAGGCCACCCGGGGAGCAGCCAGCCAUGGUGGAAUGAACGGCGAUGGCCAGCACAUCAACGGGGAUCAAACUGCCGCCGUUUUGGCCUCCGAAUUGGAGCGGGUGCAAUCCCUGGUGGGCGAUAUGCAGAGGCAGCGGCACGAACUCAGCUCGGCGGUGCGCCAACUGACGGAGAACUCGACCAGGUUGUAUCAGGAGAUCGGGAACAAGGAGAUGAACGGUGGUGGCUCCACCAAUGGCAGCCUCAAGAAGCGCAGCAACUCCACCAGUUGGACGGAAACCGAUCUCGAUGCCAAUAUGUUGCGAUGCGGCAGCCGACAGCAGUUGAAUGACUCCACGCUGAACCUAUCCACGCCCCUCUAUGUGGACACGAAUAGCUCGGCCAACAAGUUGAGUGACUACAAUCGGUACAAUGGAGGCGGCAGCAGCGAUGCCCUCGAGAUGAGCGGUGUGGACAGCGACGGGUUCCUGGACAGCAAUCCCUUUGCCAUUGGCCUGGAGAAGCCCGAGAUCAAGACGGUGAGGAUUGUGAAGCGCGAAUCGGAGCGGCGGAAUCGGGAUCGCAGUGAACGCGGUCUGAGCAGCUCCAUUCAGAAUCUGGAUCAGGUGCUCGAGGAGGAGCAGUAUGCCCAGCAGCAGCAGCUCUACGCCCAGAACUUGGAGGAGCAAAUGAGCAAUGGCCACGGCCACCAGAGUCGCUCCAAGUCGCUGCCACGCAACUACAGUGAGCCCCCGAAGCAGCGGCACAGUCGUCACCUGAACGGCAAGCAGCAGGCGAAUGGUCAUCACUACAACAAUGGCUACGAUUACGAUAGGAACAGCAACUACGAGCAUCAGCCGCCACCGCCACCGGCACCGCAGAGCAAUGGACACCACCAUCAUCAUCAUCAGAGGGAGCAAAGGGAACACCUGAAUCCCCUGGCCAAUGCCUAUUUCGCCAAGCAGCUGCAGCAGCAGGUGAAUCCCUCGAGGGACAGUGCCCGCGUGGCCCUGCGCACCAAGACGGACUCCCUGCAGAGCCUCAAUAAGAGCCUCACGGACAUCAGUCCGGAGCCGGUGUUCCAGAGCGUGGCUGCCCGCCAGAUUAUCAACGAAAUGUCCGCCGGUUCGGCUUCGGAGGACACCGAAAAGGUGGUGGAGAAGGUGCCGCCGCAUCACAAGCACCGAAGGGCAGUUCCCAGGGAGAAGAGGCGGCACUACACGGCGCCGAAUAAUGUCAACCAGAAGGCCAUGGAGAAGGUGCAGGCCGAGAACGAUAUGAAUCGAAAUAACACCAACUGGCGAGCUCGCGAUGAUCUGGACAUGGAGGUGGCCCUAAGACCUCGCAUGAAUGCCCCCGAUGUGGUGCGUUCUGCCUUGGGACAGGGUGAGAAGAUUUCGGAGAAUACCAUAGACAACUUGCUGCUGGCACCCAACAAAAUAGUCAUACCCGAGCGUUACAUACCAGAAACAACGCCCGAACUUUCGCCGGAGGAGAAGAAGCGUCGUCAGGAGAAGGUCGAGUCCAUCAAGAAAAUGUUGUCCGAGGCGCCGCUUAGCAGCAAUGAAAACGAAAGUUUGCCGCCCAGCAAAAUCAACGCCGAGAAGAAGCAGCGCGAACACCUGCUGCAACUCAAUCAAAUCCUCGCCCAGCAGGUGAUGCAGGUCAGCAAGAUUGUGGCCGGAAAUCCCACUAGUCACAACUAAUCCGCAAGUAGCCUGUCGAGUUGUUUCUGUUCACCUUUUGUGUUUACCUUUUGCAUUGCAUUUAAUUUUUGUUCACGUUGUGUUUUGCCAAUCGAUUGGCUGAGAGAGGGUUCGCAUCACGAUUCGCGAUAAAAAGAAUUUGUUGUCCGAAACAUACCAAACAUAUGCAUACCUAGUAUACAGUACACCUAAGUAUACAGUAACUACAGCAAUAACAGCAAACAAGAAACCACGCGAAGUUGAGUCUUACAGCAUGCUAAACUCACCCAAAGAACUCACUUCAAACUAAAAACGCAACAAUUCACAAACAAGAAAUACUAAAAAUACAACAAAAAAUAUUCAAAAACGACAACAAGAAUAAACAGCAACGUAAUAGCAACAAGAACAAGUACAACAACAACAACAAGCACAAGAACAACAACAACAGAUAUACGAUUGCGUAAGUCCAGGUUUGUACACAUUUCGAUUAUACCGAUAUUCAUAAAUAAACAAUAUACGAGUAUAUUGUAGCUUCCAGGCCAUUUGCAUUCCAUAUUUAAUCACGCCCAAAAACUCUGCUUAGCUUAGAAUUAAAAUAUUGGCCAAAUUAAUCAACCUGCACGCCAUAAAUAUAAUUGUAGACUUAAUGCUAUAAAUGAUGAAUGCACUUUAAAACUAAACCACCUAACCACACACAAGCAAAACUUACCAAACACUCAAAAUUCAGAAAAAUUACACACUACUCACCAAAAACAAGCACAGAAUUUAAUGUUUUCACCAAAGUGCAAAUCUAUUGGA